AAUUUAGAUUUUGGGAUGUACCCAAAAUCAAGCUUUUGUUGGGUAAUUUAUCUAAAAAUGGAGAACUCCUUGUAUGAUGAGUUUUCUUUUUUAUCAAUUCUACUGAUCAGUUUCUGACCAAGACAGGGGAUGGGUUAUAGUAAGACCUGGAACAACUAUUUUUAAGGAGGUUCCUUGAACUUACGAGAAACAUUCAAUGAUUCAUGGAAUCUUCAACACCGAUUUGUCACAAAAAUAAAUUCACCGACGCGCUUUCUGUUUGCAGAUAUUCUAUGUAAACAGGACCCCCCUCAGGUCUAUCACAAUCCUCUUACUCCUCACAAAGAACCGCCUUCCUCUUCUCCUCCAUCUUUGAUUCCUAUUCAUCUUCAUGGCGGAGCUUGAAGUUAAUCAAAUCAAGCAGCUAAGAUCCAUAUUUUCUCGCUUUGACAUGGACUCUGAUGGCAGCCUGACCCUUCUGGAGCUUGCGGCGCUGUUAAGAUCAUUGGGACUCAAGCCCUCAGGCGAUCAAAUUCAUUCCCUGUUAGCUAACAUAGACUCAAACGGUAAUGGGUCGGUGGAAUUUGAUGAGCUGGUGAGUGCCAUAAUGCCUGACAUGAACGAGGAGAUACUGAUAAACCAACAACAGCUACUCGAGGUUUUUCGGUCCUUUGAUCGCGACAGAAAUGGCUACAUUACUGCAGUUGAGCUUGCAGGCGCCAUGGCUAAAAUGGGACAACCUUUGACGUAUCGAGAGCUCACUGAUAUGAUCCGGGAGGCUGAUACAAACGGAGAUGGCGUCAUUAGUUUUAAUGAGUUUUCAUCUAUAAUGGCCAAGUCUGCUGGGGACUUCUUAGGCCUUACUUUGUUAUAACUUUCAUCCUUGUUGCCAUACACAUCUUCAUUAUCAUCAUCUCUUUAAAACUAAUUUUAGAUGGUUGUAAUGGGAUGUUGUUUGUUUCUUGGAAUUCUAUGCACAUCA